CUCUACCCCAAGCUGAUGAAGAACUGGACGCUGGCCAAGCUCAAGCUGUACCACGCGACCUCGGGGCUGGUGGGCUACCUGCUAGGCUGUGCCAGCCUGAUGCUGGGCAUGUGCUCCCUGUGGUUCACCACCACUGUGACCGGUGCCUCCUGGUACCUCGCCAUGCUGUGCCCCCUUGUCACCAGCCUGGUUAUCAUGAACCAGGUGAGCAAUGCCUACCUGUACCGCAAGCGGAGCCAGCACUGA